CAACAAAGCCAAUAUCAAGAUCAAAUGUCUUUCAACUUUUUUAAAUUUAUUAAACAUCAAGCACUGUGAUUAAGUUGUUUCAUCAAAAGAAAAAAUAAAGAUUCAUUGAAAACACUGGGCAGAAUGAGCUGUAAAAGGAGCUAUCACAGACAUUGCGCACUUGUAUACUACAUGGUGCUAUUGGACCUGACAAACGCUGUAUUUGAAUUUUCACAUCCACUUAUCAGAGAUUCAGGCAACUCACAGAGCAGGCAGUUGCUUCAUCACCGGCUAAAGAGAAGUUGGGUAUGGAACCAGUUCUUUGUUCUGGAAGAGUACACAGGGACAGAACCUCUGUAUGUCGGCAAGCUUCAUUCUGAUAUGGACAAAGGCGAAGGAUCAAUCACAUACAUCCUUUCAGGUGAUGGAGCAGGAACUAUGUUUACAAUUGAUGAAACCACAGGUGAUAUUCAUGCAAUUCAAAGACUGGAUCGAGAGGAGAGAUCUCAGUACACCCUCAAAGCACAGGCUCUGGACAGAAGGACUACCAGGCCUAUGGAGCCAGAAUCAGAGUUCAUUGUCAAGAUUCAGGAUAUAAAUGACAAUGAACCCAAGUUCCUAGAUGGUCCCUACACUGCUUCAGUGCCAGAAAUGUCACCAGUGGGUACCUCUAUUAUCCAGGUGUCAGCAACAGAUGCAGAUGAUCCUACUUAUGGAAGCAGCGCGAGGGUUGUGUACAGCAUUUUGCAAGGACAGCCAUAUUUCUCUGUGGAUUCUAAAACAGGUAUAAUUAGAACAGCUUUAACAAACAUGGACAGAGAAUCAAGAGACUACUAUGAAGUGAUUAUCCAAGCCAAAGAUAUGGGUGGACAACUGGGGGGCUUGGCUGGAACUACUACUGUCAAUGUUACUCUUAGUGAUGUGAAUGAUAAUCCUCCCAGAUUCCCUCAGAAACACUAUCAAAUGAGUGUUUUGGAGUCUUUGCUAAUCAAUUCCACUGUUGGCAGAGUUCUGGCUAUGGACCUUGAUGAAGGAGUCAAUGCGGAAAUGAAGUACAACAUUAUCGAUGGGGAUGAAUUUGAAGUAUUUGAUAUUGUUACAGAUCCCAGUAACCAAGUUGGAGUUAUCACAGUUAAAAAACCACUGGACUUUGAAACUAAGAAAAGCUAUACACUGAAAAUUGAAGGCUCUAAUGCUCAUCUGGAAAUACGUUUUCUGAACCUCGGUCCAUUCCUUGACACUACUUCUGUGCACAUUACUGUAGAAGAUGUGGAUGAACCUCCGGUUUUUGGGUCCAGUUUUUAUUUUGUGGAAGUCUCUGAGAAUGUGGAUAUUGGUACAACAAUACAGAUUGUUUCUGCAAAAGAUCCAGAUGCAACUAACAACUCAGUUAGGUACUCUAUCGACAGGAACAGUGAUCCAGGCAGAUAUUUUUAUGUUGAUGUCACCACUGGAGCAUUGAUGACUGCCAGGCCUUUGGACAGGGAAGAAGUGUCCUGGCACAACAUAACUAUUUUAGCCAUGGAAAUGAAUAACCCUGCGCAAAUAGGUGGUGUGCCAGUUACAAUAAAAGUCCUGGAUGUUAAUGACAACGCUCCUACAUUUACUAAGUUUUCUGAAACAUUAAUGUGUGAAAAUGCAAAGGCUGAUCAGCUGAUUCAGACCGUUAGUGCAGUAGACCAAGAUGACCCACAAGAGGGUCAACACAUAUCCUACAGUUUAGCUCCAGACGCAGCUAAUAAUCCAAAUUUCACUCUACGUGACAACCAAGACAACACUGCUUGGAUUUUAACCAGAAGACCAGGCUUCAAACAGUCUGAACAGAGCACUUUUUACCUUCCGCUUCUGAUAUCGGAUAAUGGGAAUCCCAGGCUGAGCAGUACUGGCACACUAACUAUCCAAGUGUGCAGCUGUGACAAAGAUGGAGAUAUAAUGUCUUGCAAUGCAGAACCAUAUACAUUACCCAUCAGUCUAAGCAGGGGAGCACUUAUAGCGAUCCUGACCUGCAUUUUUGUCCUAUUAGUCCUGGUCUUACUUAUCCUGUCCAUGAGGAGGCACAGAAAGCAGCCGUACACUAUUGAUGAAGAGGAUAAUGUCCAUGAGAACAUUGUUAGGUAUGAUGAUGAAGGUGGUGGAGAAGAAGACACUGAGGCAUUUGAUAUUGCAGCUUUGUGGAAUCCAAGAGAAGCCCACAUGGGGAAAACUAGACAAGACAUGAAACCUGAGAUUGAGAGUUUAUCCCGUUAUGUGACUCAGACGUGUAGAAUGGACAAUAAUGUUCACAGCUACAUGUUGGCUAAACUCUAUGAAGCUGAUACUGAUGUCUGCGCUCCACCCUUUGACUCCCUCCAGACAUAUAUGUUUGAAGGUGAGGGAUCUGUGGCCCAUUCUUUAAGCUCAUUGCAGUCAUUAAGUACAGACUCAGAGCAGAGCUAUGACUAUCUAUCUGACUGGGGUCCUCGAUUUAAAAAACUUGCAGAAAUGUAUGGCACCAAGGAUAACAAUGGCUCUUUGUGAUAGACCAUGGGGAACUGAGAUUCUUUAUGCAAGGCACUAAGUCAACCCAAUAAGGAUUCAUUUUCAGUGAUUAUUAAAGGAAGAUGGAGUAUUUAAAAAGCUUAUGGCAGCUGUGAAGAAUUGGUUGAAAUGGAAAAUGCAUCAGAAGAGAAUCUGUUUA